AUGAACACUCAAGCCCUUCAAGAUCCCAUUAAGCAGGAUUGCUUCCAAACGACUCUUAAGGACCAUCUGCUUUCAGAAUUCCCUGAUAACAUCGAGGAACACUGGACCAAGCUAAAAGCAUCCAUUAUUGCAUCCUGUGAACAAACUAUUGGAUAUCAAACCAAGAAACACCAGGACUGGUUUGAUGAGAAUGACAGUGAGAUUGAACACAUGAUUGACAAGAAAAGGAAGACCUUUCAGAUCUGGCAAAGAGAUAGAAACUGUGCCACUAAGAAAAAAACCUUUACACCUGGCGGAUAA